GCCUAUUGCCUAGCUUUCCAGAACUCCGCCUCGGCCUCUGCUGUGGCGUCGUCUUCUCCGUUAGCGGCGACCAUCGACGAAUCCCCGUCGUACCGACGGUCUUCACCGUCACGCGGUCAGAGCUGUUUUUCGCUCCGCUGACCUUCUUCCCGCUGCAGCAGCCCUCCGAGCUCGAACGCCAGUGAUGGCCACGGAAGCCGACCCCGCGAUGGCCACAGUAGUUGCUGAGAAUGGCGCGAAUAAGGUUAAGGCGUGUCCUGCUACCGCGGAAAAUGCGGGCGAACCAAACAGCGAUGGCGGGAAGAAGAAGGAUGGAAAAGAGAAGCCAAAGAAGAAAUCAGGGGGGGAGAAAAAGAAGCAAGAUCAGACUCCUAAGGCUUCCGGAGGAAAGGAGGUGAAGAAGGAGACAAAGCUGGGACUUUCGGUUAAGAAGGACGAGAACUUUGGCGAGUGGUACUCGGAACUCGUGCUGCUAGGCGAGAUGAUUGACUACUAUGAUGUCUCGGGCUGCUACAUCCUCCGACCAUGGUCCUAUUCCAUCUGGGAAACAAUCAAGGAUUUCCUUGAUACUGAGAUCAAGAAGCUGGGAGUCGAGAACGGCUACUUUCCUCUGUUUGUUUCUCAGACGGCUCUGACCAGGGAGAAGGACCAUGUUGAGGGGUUUGCUCCUGAGGUGGCAUGGGUUACGAAAUCUGGAGACACUGAUUUGGAGAUGCCAAUUGCGGUGCGGCCAACCAGUGAAACGGUUAUGUACCCCAGCUAUGCGAAGUGGAUCCGCAGCCAUCGAGAUCUCCCACUCAAAAUUAAUCAGUGGAACAAUGUUGUGAGAUGGGAGUUCAAACACCCGACACCGUUCAUCAGGAGCCGGGAGUUCCUAUGGCAAGAGGGGCACACUGCUUUUGCAACUAAGGAGGAAGCUGAUGUGGAGGUGCAUCAAAUCCUUGAUUUGUACCGCCAAGUGUAUGAGGAUUAUCUUGCUGUCCCUGUAAUUAAGGGGAUCAAGAGCGAGAAGGAAAAGUUCGCUGGAGGAUUAUACACCACAACUGUUGAGGCGUUUGUGCCAUCGACUGGGAGGGGGAUUCAGGGUGCCACGUCACAUUGUUUGGGACAAAACUUCGCAAAGAUGUUUGAUAUUACGUUCGAGAACAAGGACAAGGAAAGGGUGAUGGUGUGGCAGAACUCGUGGGGGCUAACAACUCGGACGAUCGGUGUGAUGGUUAUGGUGCAUGGCGAUGACAAAGGGCUUGUUCUUCCUCCAAAGGUUGCACCAGUCCAGGCAGUUGUAAUUCCUAUCCCAAUGAAGGAAUUCUCCGGUGAAGUUAUGAUGAAUGCAUCAGCAGAAGUCGUCAGCAUCUUGAAAGGAGCAGGCAUAAGAGCCAAGGAUGAUACUAGGGAUGUUUACACUCCCCCAUGGAAGUAUAAUCAUUGGGAAUUGAAGGGUGUUCCCUUGAGAGUAGAGCUUGGUCCCCGGGAUUUUGCUUCGAAGAAGGUUGUCCUUGUCAGGAGGGAUACGGGAGAGAAAGAGGCAGUUGCAUGGGAUAAACUGGCUGAUCGUGCAAAUGAGCUGCUGCAAACCAUUCAGAAAGACCUUCUUGAAAAGGCGCGAAAGGAGAGGGAUGCCUGUAUUGAGAAGGUCAGUUGCUGGGAGGAGUUCAUGACCGCUUUGAACGCAAAGAAGAUGGUGCUGGCUCCCUGGUGCGAUGAAACGGAAGUAGAGGAGGAAGUCAAGAAGAUGAGUGCUGAUGGGGAGGGUGGAGCAGCGAAGACGCUGUGCAUGCCAUUUGACCAGCUGCCGCUUCCAGAAGGGACGAAGUGCUUCAAGUCCGGGAAGCCAGCAAAGCGGUGGGCACUUUGGGGCCGGAGUUACUGAUGGAGACGAGCUUGAUAGGGGAAGGGGGGGGGGGGGGGGGGGGGGGGGGGGGGGGGGGGGGGGGGGNGGGGGGGGGGGGGGGGGGGGGGGGGGGGGGGGGGGGGGGGGGGGGGGGGGGGGGGGGGGGGGGGGGGGGGGGGGGGGGGGGGGGGGGGGGCGGUCGAGAGGAGGAGAGGGACUGGAUUGCUGAUUACUUUGUGGAAGUCGGCAGACGAAUUGGCCUGCAACAACGGAUUGUUGCCGUCCUGUGAAGGCGGCCGUCAGUAGUCUGUUAUGUUAGACUGAGCAAUGAGUUGGUGUUGAUCAGGUUAUAUAUAAAGAGAGAGAGUCUUACAGACCAUUGUGUCUGUUUUUUUUUCCCAAAUCUUUAUAAGAGGAGGUGAGGGACUUGUAUCCAGGCUUGUUUGGAAAAAUUUUGGCAUUGCAUUUUGUCACUUGUCUUUUAUAAUAGGCUAUUUGAGACUUAUGUUGCUUGUUCUUGGUUUUGUUUUGCCAGCAAAGUCCUCUUGAGAUGUCUUCAAUUGUCCUCACAACCAACUUUAUGUGCCCGUGCUCGUCGAAGCUUACCGAACCUGUUUUUCUUCUGCAUCUGAAUGGAAAGUGCUGGGGUUCCCAUUUUGUGA